AAUAGACGUACGCGACGCUCUCGCGACCACUGGUUACAAUAUCAUUCCGCGGCUAACAUUAUAUUAUAUACGUGUGCGCCGCGUCUCACGUCAGUCCGUCUGACGUAGCGUCCUCUGCUCAGCCAUCGCGGUCUCACCGAACCGUGUGUGCGGCCCGCGCGUGUGUGUUGUCUGUGCGUGUGCGCCGCGUGUGUGUGUGUGUGUGUGUGUGCGUGUGCGUGUGUGCGUGAGCGCGCGCCGCGUAUAGAAUUGCGGACACCGCGGGUCAGUGUGCGCCGGUGCGUGUCAAUCAUAUUCGCAAAUCGCGCGUAUUAUUUCGUUUUCGUUUUUGUUUUUUUUUUUUAUUUAAAUCGUUUUCAUUUUUUUUCACCGAUCUCUUCGAUCAUUUUUCUUUUUUGUUCAUUAUUAUUUUCGUUUCAAAUAUCCUUCCGACGCAUUUGACAUUAUUCUACAUACUUACCAUCUGAUCUACCCACCACAUGAUAUCAUUCUAUUUGCCAAAAAGUAAAACAUAUAACACGCAUAAUAUACAUGAUAAAAAUAAUAUUGUAAUUGUAUAAUAGUCAUAACAUCGUUAUCGUGGUCGACAAUGCGUCUGUUACGAUACAAUAUUAUAAUAUUGUAUUUUAGUUCGAUGACGGACAUGCCUUGUGAUUUGUGAAUAAAUCGCCACCCGCUGGACCCGAACUAAAGAUUACAUAGAUGAUUUCGUGGAUUAUUAAAUAUUCGAGACUUUCGCAUGGAGAACGGGCAACUGAAAUUUUUAAUAUCCUGUGGAUUUGAGGACGUCAUAGUCGCAGAUUACGCAUCAUAUCAAUCAUACGAUUAGGGAGAGAACGUCAUGCUUAACUGCACUGAUGCCGAGUGCACGUUGCACCACCACCAUAUUCACGUGGAUCCUAUACAGCAUCAUCUACAAGAUGACCGGCAACACCAUGAACAUUCCUCAGUUAUGUCCAGUGAUGCGGCGAACAGUUUAAACGACAUAUAUCCUGGGUUCAUUAACAGCAGCGCAAAUCCAGAAUACUCUUCCGAACAUGUCGAUGUUCCAAACGAAGGAGUAUACAUGGUGUGCGGUGUCCUCAUCGCCAUGGUGCUUGUCGCUGUGAUAAUAGUAAUACUAGCGGUUACUAUAAGCAAGCUUAGGAAGCGCGAGGAAACCGCCGUAGCUGCCGCGGCCACGGCAGCGGCCACAGCCGUCGCCACCGCCAACACUGCGAUCAACAACAACAACAACAACAACAAUGUUGACUGUCAGCUGCCCCAUGCCCAGCCCGUCGACGUCGCCGUUGUCACAAACGUAUCAGGUGACGUGGGCGAUGCGCCCGUACCUUUACCGUUCCUCUGGCAGUAUUCUGCCAAAAACGCUGCAGCCAAAAACACCAAUGGGUAUAACUCACCGUACAGGCUGUACAGCUCUGAUCAGGACACAUUGGUGUGCAGUGUACCCAUCGAAGAAACCGCAGAGCACCGCAAGGGACUACGGAAAAACUUGCGAGGCAAGUGGCGAAGACUGGUGCACAAAAAGCAACAGCAACAGGACGCGUACAAAAUACCUGCAGAACUGCGGGACCAGCUCAAACAGAUAUAUGUGUACUGAUUCUAAAAGUUUGUUUUUCCAAGACAAUCCACAAAACCUAUCAAAUUUGCAAUCUAUAAUUACUAUAUUAUUAUUUUUAUUAUAUUUUUUUUUCUAUGAAAGGACAAAACAAUCUUGUAUGUUUUUAUGAAUAACGUACCUAUGUAUAAUAAAUUUUCAUUCCUCUUAGAGAAUUAAGCUUAAUUUGUAUUUGAUUUCACAUACUAAACAAAGGAAAUUGUUGACCCAUUGAAUGUCCCACUUUUUGAUAAAUUAAUGAUUGAAAAAAUACCGUACAACACUAUUUUGGAUUUGUUAAAAAAUGUAGACUGUUAAAUGAAAAACUGGCAGUCUUAAUGUAGGAAGAAAAAUCUGGUGCCAUUGUUUUUAACAUCAUUAUAUUAUUACUUAUUAUUUUUGUUUUAAAUUCGUGAUAUAGGUAUUAAUUAAUAUAAUUUAAUUUAUACACAACUAUUAUAUUAAACAUGAUAAUAUAAUACUUGUGGUAGGUAGGUAAUGUACAUAUUAAAUAGUUAAGGCCAUACCUAAUAUAGUUUUAGUAAAAUACUAUUAAUGAAAUAUUACUUAUGUAGAACUUCACAUUAUAAUUUAGUAGUAUUUUAAAUUGAAAACUGUGAGCUUCUUUUAUGGUGAUAACAUAAAAUAAAAAUAAAUUAAAAAGACUUAAAAUUGUAUCCCUUAUUGCUCUUUUUGCCAGCAUUGUAUAUUUAUUAUCCAAGAAAUAAAAUGUUUUUUGACCAAUUUUUAUAUGAACUGUGUAUAAUCAUAAAAGAAUAAAAUACAACUGGUAAAAUUAUUUUAUAAUUUUGAGAAUUGAAUCUGCUCAGAAACAUCAAACACAUUUUACUGGAACAUAAAUAUAUUUUUUAAAAAAAAAAUCUUUCCUAUCUAGCGGAAAAAAAAUAAUAUUGUGAUUUUUGUCUAUGUAAUUAGUAUGUAAUAUGUAUGGUAUUAACUGAUCUUUGUGUAUUUUAUUCUAUUUGUACCUAGUUAGUCUUACAUUUUCAAUCUGAAAUAUAUAAAGCAAAAUAUGUCUAGAAUUGUAUAGUAUUAUAUAUAUAUAUAUAAAUCACUGUUCAAUAUUACAAUAUUACAUUGUUUUGACAUUAUAACAUUUAUAACUGAUACCAUUUGAAAAUCAUAUUUUUGCUCAUGAUAAUUAAGAAUUGUUUUGUUUUAAAAACAAUGUAAAUAAUCAAUCAUCAAAUUUGUCUCCAUUUUAUGAUUAGUUUAUUUAUUAUGUUAUGUAUAAUAGAUCGUUUUUAAUUUGAACAAUAAUUUUUGCCUACAAAUCGUUUGGUUUUUUAAAGUUUUUUUUUUAUCGGCCUGAUAUGACCAACGGAUUUAAAUAAUUUUUGCACGUAAACAAUUUUAAAUUGAUAAUCGCAUAAUUGUUAAUUUAAAUCUGCUUGUGAAAUGUAAAAGAAAGUCGUGGCCUAUACUGUUAUUUAAAAAUUUUCUAUUGUCAAAUCUGUUCUUAAUAAUGAUAUUAAAAAUUAAAAAAUAAUAACGAAUAAACAUGUACUUUGUACAUAAUUUUCAAUGUACUAA